AUGACACGCUUUGACGAGGAUGAUGAGGCUUUUAGCCGCCGUCGUCGUCAUCGAGGAAACAGCCCUAGCAGUUAUCGAGUUGGAAUUGAGGGCGGAGGAGAUGGCGGUCGACGCUGGGAAGGUGACAGCCCUACGGAUCGUGAUAUUCACGGAGAUGGCGUCAGAGGAGGAGGUUUCCGGCCGAUGAAUGGUCCUCCAGGUAGAUUAGAUUUUCAGCCGAUGGGUCCUCGCGAUGGUGGAAGUUUUCGGCCUAUGGGCUUUGCCUUCGACGGAGGCGUUGGAGGGUUUCGGCCCUUGGGUUCUGACGGAGCUGGAGGAGGCCGAGGAGGAUUUCUGCCUAGCGGGCACGUGAAGUUUCCGGAAAGUCCAGAUGGAGGAAGAUUUUCUCAGGCAACGAUCGGUAAAGUGACAGAGUCUGAUUACUCUGUAAGACUGACUUCACCGCCGGUACAGCAGCCUCUUUCAGGUCAGAAAAGAGGGCGUCCUCUCUCGGAGCAUGGCACCUUUACUGGCACUGAUGUUUCUGAUCGUACUAGUGUUGUCAAGCUUUUUGUUGGCUCCGUACCAAGGACAGCUCUGGAAGAAGAAGUCCGUCCCUUGUUCGAACAACAUGGAAAUGUACUUGAGGUUGCUUUGAUCAAGGACAAGAGAACUGGGCAGCAGCAAGGCUGUUGUUUUGUAAAAUAUGCAACUUUUGAAGAUGCGGAUAGAGCCAUUAGAGCAUUGCACAAUCGAGUCACUCUUCCUGGGGGAACUGGCCCUGUUCAAGUUCGAUAUGCUGAUGGGGAGAGAGAACGCUUAGGUGCGCUAGAAUUUAAGCUUUUCGUUGGUUCACUAAACAAGCAAGCCACUGAAAAGGAAGUUGAGGAGGUCUUUUUGCAAUUUGGUCGCGUGGAAGAUGUCUAUCUCAUGCGUGAUGAAUAUAGACAGAGUCGUGGAUGUGGGUUUGUUAAAUAUUCAAGCAAAGAGACGGCAAUGGCAGCUAUCGAUGGUCUCAAUGGAACUUAUACCAUGAAAGGCUGCAAUCAGCCGCUGAUUGUUCGGUUUGCUGAUCCGAAGAGGCCUAAACCCGGUGAGUCAAGGGACUUGGCACCUCCUAUUGGUCUUGGUUCAGGGCCUCGCUUUCAAGCUUCAGGACCCAGGCCUACACUUAACCUUGGCGACCCUAGUGCGGAUGCAAGCCGCACAAAUCCUUGGCGUCCAACGAAUUCACCAAACAUUGCCCCACCUAGUAACCUUGGGAUCCGUGGUAGUGGAAGUGACUUUUCCCCAAGACCAGGUCAAGCAACAUUGCCUUCAAAUCAGGGUGGUCCAUUGGGUGGUUAUGGUGUUCCUCCCCUUAAUCCUCUUCCAGUUUCUGGAGUUUCAUCUUCUGCCACAUCUCAACAGCAAAACCGAGCAGCUGGCCAGCAAAUAUCACCAUUACAGAAACCUCUACACCGGCCACAGAACAUACCCCUUCCGCCACAAGCUAAUUUCCCUGGUGUCCAGGCAUCCUUGCAGAAUCCUUAUGGUUAUAGCAGCCAGCUUCGGCCACAGCAAAACGUCCCUCCUGCAACUGUUCCUCAAACUCCUUUGAACAUCAAUCUACGGCCAACACAUGUGUCUUCUGCAACUGCUCAAUUGCGCCCUCGUGCUCAGCAGCCACCACUACAAAAGAUGCAACAUCCUCCUUCUGAGCUAGCUCAGCUCUUGUCACAGCAAACUCAGACUCUACAAGCAACCUUCCAAUCAUCUCAGCAAGCAUUUUCUCAGCUACAGCAGCAGGUGCAGUCCAUGCAGCAACCAAACCAAAUUUUACCAGUCUCACAAAAUGGCCAAGCUGGUAAACAGCAGUGGGCUGGAUCUGCAAUUCCAACAGUUGUUAGCACGACUGCUUCUAUACCAGUUAGCUAUAUGCAAACAGCUGGACCUGCAGUAAGCCAGAGCGUUGCUUCUGUCAAAUGUAACUGGACCGAGCAUACCUCGCCUGAUGGAUUUAAAUAUUAUUACAACGGUCUAACGGGUGAAAGCAAGUGGGAAAAACCUGAGGAGAUGGUAGUGUUCGAACGACAGCAACAGCAACAACAGAAGCCAACUUUACAGCCACCCCAGACCCAGUUACCGCAGGUUCUUAAUUCCCAGCCGAUGCAGCAACAACCACCACAGGUUCUCCAGCAAUAUCAGAGCCAGCAAUUACAGCAGCCUUUUUAUUCUUCACUGUAUCCAACUCCAGGGGUCAGCCAUAAUGCUCAGUAUCCGUCAUCAGCAGCCGGUCAAAAUAGCCAGUUCCCUGCGUCAGGGAUUGGUCAGAAUGCUCAGGAAUAUGGUCGGACACAUGUACCAGUGGGAGCCUCUUCAAUAAAUGAUCUGUCCCGAACUCAACAGAACCGUCAAUCUCCACAAGAACUCAUGUGGAAGAAUAAAGCUUCAGGUUCAGAUCUUCCCUUUCUCUCCUAUGUGUCGUACAUGAGACGAGGAGCUAAAAUGUCUCAGUAA